GUCGUUCCUUUUUAACAAUAAUUAUUAUGGUGCCACAUGACAAGCUCAUAAAGACAACAUUAUCAUUACUUACACUCUUUUGUCUUAACAUGGUAAUGCCAUCAUCAAAAUAGCAUUCCCCUCAAUUAUUGAAUUUACAAAUUUGAUUGGCAAGUUAUAGAAACACCACCCACCACCCACCACCAUCCACAACCACAACCAUUAAACCCCUUUACCCUUUCUUCCUCUUAUAAUCAUUCAAAUUAUUAUUCCUCAAAAAAUUCCACCUUUAUUUUACAUCUCAAAAAAAAAAAAAAAAAAAUGAUGUCAUCUAUUAGUUUCAUAGUUAUGCUACUAAUAAUGAUCAUCAUACCCACCAUACUAUACACCUUCUUCUUCCUCAUAAGCUGCCCUCCAAACCCUUUAGACCUCCUACGCCGUCUUCGGCGUAGAACCGGUGUCGAAACCAUUGAUCCAUCAAGAAGGUCAUCUAAAGUGGCCGAGGAAGAAGACGGCGAAAACACAAGUAACAAAGAUAAAAACAACGUAGAGUUAGUAAUCGCUUCGAGCUCGACACCAGGGAAAGAUGAUGUAGAUUGUCCAAUAUGUUUAGCUGAUUUCAUAGAAGGAGAAGAGCUUAGACAACUCAAGAUUUGUAAGCACUUGUUUCAUAGGAUUUGUAUUGAUAAGUGGCUUUCAAGUCAUUGUAUUUGCCCUAUUUGUCGAACUAUUGUUAGUCAAAAACAAGCUAAGAUUAUGAAAGAAAGAGAAAUUAAUCGUGUUUUGGCUGCAAGAAGGGAUUUUGAUAGGCAUGAUCAUUGGCAAGGUUUGCCUGAUUCUGCUGGCUUGGUUUGAGUGAAGGAAAUUAAAGAUUUUUUUUUUUGAUUGGUUGGUGAAAUUAGGUUGAUUAUUCUACCAAAAAGAGGAAAAUUAGGUACAUUUGUAUAUUUAAAUGUUGUUUAUUUGUGUGUGUAAGUAUUUUUCUAUCUUAGAGUAUUGUCCCUUGUAAUAAGGGUUUGCACAUUUAAUCUUUUUUACUUUAAGGAAAAAAUUAGUAGUUAUUUUGUAUGAUCGAGUAGUUUAGCGGGUUACGUAAUUGCAAUUCAUGAAAGGAUAUUAUUUUUCUAUUACAAGUUGCAUUAAUUAAAAUUCUCUAAGCGAAUGUUAUAAAAAAACGAAAAAAAAAAAAAAAAGAUAAGGGUUGAUUAUUUAAAGUUACUAGGAUUAAGUUCGUGAUUUAAUUUGCUUGUAAAAGACGUAUUUAAAGAUAUGAAAGUACUCGAAUUGUUUUUGCU